AUGUUGAUCCCCCAGCCGAUCUUCGAGAAGAUUCGGCACCGCUGCACGACAACCGGCGAUACGUUUGAGAACGUUGUGGCCACAGUGAAAUGUUGUCUGAAACCGAAAACGCUGAAAAAUUUGGCCACGUAUGUGCUGAAGAAGCCGCUCGCCUCAGUGACGGAUGCCGACGUCAUGAAUACUGUCAAGGCCCGCUGUCAUACGUUCAAGAACGAGUUCGUGCCAGAUGUCGCGUCUCUGUUCCGCCAGAAGCUCAAGAUGGACCUCUCGGUGGAUGACUGCGACGCACGCGUCUUCCGCUAUUACGAGGACUUCAAUGGGAUUGUGGAGGACAACGGGCUGCAAAAGCUUAUCGGAACUGGAAACGAGUCCGAGGCGGGCUGCAAGAGCAGACUGAAGGCUCAUUGUCGCAUCUUGGCGUGA